UCCUCCUCCAUCCCAGGGUGCGUUUUGCCGAUGAUGGCGGCCACCAUGGAGGAGGAAGAGCUGGAGUUUGUUGAUGAGUUGGAAGGGGUCCUGCACCUGACGCCGGAGGUGCAGCAGGCAAUCGAACAGGUGUUCCCCAGCCAGGAUCCUUUGGACAGGGCUGAUUUCAAUGCAGUGGAAUAUAUCAAUACACUCUUCCCAACUGAACAGUCUUUAGCCAACAUUGAUGAAGUUGUAAACAAGAUAAGACUAAAGAUAAGACGGUUGGAUGAUAACAUUCGAACAGUAGUAAGAGGACAGACGAAUGUAGGACAAGAUGGCCGACAGGCUUUGGAGGAAGCACAGAAAGCUAUUCAACAGCUUUUUGCCAAGAUUAAGGACAUUAAGGACAAGGCAGAGAAAUCAGAACAGAUGGUCAAGGAAAUCACACGGGAUAUUAAACAACUUGAUCACGCCAAACGUCACCUUACAACUUCCAUCACCACACUUAAUCACCUGCAUAUGCUUGCAGGUGGUGUUGACUCCUUGGAGGCUAUGACUCGCCGUAGACAGUAUGGAGAAGUGGCUAACCUCAUGCAAGGGGUGGUAAACGUAUUGGAACAUUUUCAUAAGUACAUGGGCAUUCCGCAGAUCCGCCAACUCUCCGAAAGAGUACGAGCCGCACAAACCGAACUGGGACAGCAGAUCCUGGCAGAUUUUGAAGAGGCCUUCCCAUCCCAGGGAACUAAGAGACCUGCAGGUCCCAGUAACAUCCUGCGUGAUGCCUGCCUUGUUGCCAACGUGUUGGACCCCAAAAUUAAACAGGAGAUCAUCAAAAAAUUUACAAAACAACAUCUUUCAGAGUACCUUGUUCUGUUCCAGGAAAACCAAGAUGUGGCGUGGCUAGAUAAGAUAGAUCGACGAUAUGCUUGGAUCAAACGGCAGUUGGUAGACUACGAGGAGAAAUAUGGUCGGAUGUUUCCAGUGGAGUGGUGCAUGAGCGAAAGGAUCACUGUGGAAUUCUGCCAUGUUACCAGGAUUGAGCUGGCUAAAAUAAUGCGAACAAGAGCCAAGGAAAUUGAAGUAAAAUUGCUGCUGUUUGCAAUUCAAAGAACAACGAAUUUUGAGAGCUUGUUGGCCAAACGGUUCUCAGGCAGCACGCUGACAGACGGCAUUGUGGUAAGAAAAAAGCCAGAACCUGUGCCACCUCCUACAAAUCCAAUCCUGGAGGAUGAAACAGGAGUAGAUUGCGACCCUGAGAAAGAAGGUGAUCUGGAGAAGCCAAAGAAGCCCAAAGUCCCAGACAACCCUUUCCAUGGCAUUAUCUCCAAAUGCUUUGAGCCACACUUAUAUGUUUACAUCGAGUCCCAGGAUAGAAAUCUCAAUGAACUGAUCGACAAAUUUGUGGCAGAUUUCAAAGCCCACGGUCCUCCAAAGCCAAACACUGACGAUGGGGGAGUAGUGCUCCCCAGCUGUGCCGAUUUAUUUGUCUACUACAAGAAAUGCAUGGUGCAGUGCUCGCAACUCAGCACCGGAGAGCCAAUGAUUGCUUUAACCACCAUUUUCCAGAAAUACUUACGAGAAUAUGCAUGGAAAAUCCUCUCUGGAAAUCUGCCUAAAACCACCAGCAGCAGCACUGGCUUAACCAUCUCCAGUCUGCUGAAGGAGAAGGAAGGCUCUGAGGUUGCGAAGUUCACACUGGAGGAGCUCUGCCUCAUUUGCAGUAUCCUCAGCACAGCUGAGUAUUGCCUGGCAACAACACAACAGCUCGAAGAAAAGCUGAAAGAGAAGGUGGAUGUAAGUCUGGUAGAAAGGAUUAACCUGAUGUCAGAAAUGGACACCUUCAGCACAGUGAUUUCUAAUAGUAUCCAGCUGUUGGUUCAGGACUUGGAUGCAGCCUGUGAUCCUGCACUGACUGCUAUGAGUAAAAUGCCAUGGCAAAAUGUGGAACAUGUGGGUGACCAGAGUGCAUAUGUUACUUCUAUAAUCCAACAUAUCAAACAGAACGUGCCCAUCAUCCGAGAUAACCUGGCUUCCACUCGCAAAUACUUUACUCAGUUCUGCAUCAAGUUUGUCAACUCCUUCAUUCCAAAGUUCAUCAACCACCUUUUCAAGUGCAAACCGAUCAGCAUGGUGGGAGCAGAGCAGCUUCUGCUGGACACUCAUUCCCUCAAAACCAUUUUGCUUGACCUUCCUUCCAUUGGUUCACAAGUGGUACGAAAGGCUCCAGCGAGCUACACAAAGAUCGUUGUCAAAGGCAUGACUCGUGCAGAGAUGAUUCUGAAGGUGGUUAUGGCCCCCCACGAAGCAUCAGUGGUGUUUGUAGAUAAUUACAUCAAACUUCUGGCAGACUGCAGCACAGAUACAUUCCAGAAGGUUCUUGACAUGAAGGGUUUGAAGCGGAGUGAGCAGAGCAGCAUGCUGGAACUGUUCCGCCAGAGGCUGCCGGUUCCUCCUUCGGGGGGAGAGAACACUUUAACGACGGCACUGUCUGCCCCUUCCCCAGAGCAGGAAUCUUCCAGGAUCCGCAAACUGGAGAAACUCAUUAAAAAGAGACUGUAAGCAAAGUACAAGGGUGACAUUGGCCCAGAUAACCCCCUGGCAAUGGUCCUUUUCCCCUUCCUGCUCUUUUCCUUGGAUCAGCACCAUCCUGUUUGUUUCCUUCCCCCCCAUGUUCCUGCAGAUAUGAAUCCAGCCUUGCAACUGCGGUCAUUUUCCAUUUGUGACAACCUCCGGCCAUGCAGAGCCUAGGAGUAACUCAAGAAUUUAAUGAGUAGUUGAUGUUCUGUCAACCUGCACUGGAGUUGAAAUUCUCUACCAUAAGCAUUUUUAAACUCUGAUAUUACAAGGCAAGCUCACGUUCCACCAUGAAAUGUAUAUAAAACCACAGCUAGAAAAUUUCACACAAGAUUUUAUUCUGUGAUUAACAUUUUGCACAAAAAAAGUGUGUUUCUUAGAAUUCGGACAUGCAGCUACAGUUGUACAACAGUUCAAGGCGGGAGGUAUUCUAAACAUCAGAACGUAGGAUUACUUCUUAGCAGGGGAGUAAUCACCUAGCAAUUACCUGAAACAGUUGCUACAGUGCCUACCACUCAUCAGAACUGCACAUAAAGGUGCUCUGUUGGAAUUGCAAAGAUCCUGUUAUGGUGACAGAUGUCGCCAGAUGGAAAUUGUGAAGAAACACUUAACACUAAUCACUGAGGUGAUGAAAUCCCGUUCAUUCCACCGUCCAGUAAAUGACAUGAUUUUACUUCAGUGAAAAGGUUAGACAUUUAAUGUGUUGAAUCUUGACAUUUUGUCACAUCCUGGAACUUAUUUUCCGUAAAGCAUUCCAGAACCCUUUAGAACAUUACGGCCAUUCUGAGUGUGUUCACUGUUAAUAUUAAAAGCAGCAACUGCCUCAUUUGUCCAAUCAUCAAGGACUCUGUGCAUCUGCAAAGUAAUGAGAUAAAUUUUAAAGUUGUAUCGUUAUAAAGAUAAGAAAUUCUCAAUAUUCUUUAAAUGGUGUAAAGUAAACUAAGAUAGGUUGCUGAUUAGGUAUUUUUUAGUUUCUUUGAGCAGUUAUUAUUAGAAUGUGAUUAAAACAUCAAGUAGAAUCCCACCCCACAUUGAUCUCGGGAAAAGAUUAGAUCUAUUUUAUAACUCAUCAUUAAUACCAACAAAAGAUUAAAAUCUAAAGACAUUAAUACACACUUCAAAUAAUAUAUCAUUUAAAAUUUCUCUCAACCAUCUAUUUCCUCAGUAGCUGCCAUGUAUUCUACUCCCUUUUCAACACAACUUUCUUGGCAAAAUCUGGAUUUCAUUGGGUCAGAUCUUCCCAGCAGGACAAUGCUCUGGCAUGAGAAAGUAGGGUCUUGUGUUUGGUCUGGAAACCACAUGGGUGCCCUUUCCGACUUUGGUGUAAUACCACUGUGGUCCUCAGAACUCAACCAUUGUUGGAAUAGCUUUACCUGCAAGAGCAUGUAGAAGCAAAAUGUUCAAAGCAGCCUCAUAGGAAGUGUUAGCUCUAUAUUCCUACUUUAGAGAGCUUAGUACAACUGUAACAUUGAUUAUUGUGCAUAAUGCCAAUUGAUGCAGGAAACUUAAAGAUCUUGAGGGCCAAAUCUCAUUUUUAAAAACUCUGAAGCUCCAUAGCAUAAGCUAAUAAAAAAAAUAGUCAUCUUUAAGCACAAGAGGAAAUGUCUUGUUAUUACUGGCCUUGAUAUUACAAUCAGCAACUAGCUGCUGAAUGCAAGAAAUAUCUGAGCUGACUGACUGCAUUUCCCUGGGAUAAACUUGUGCGACCCAAAUUGGCUUGAUCCUCGGAGCACAGAACCUUAGGAACCUCGCACAGGUAAAUCCCGUCAAACGUGACAAAAAUCUUCUUCAGCCCAAUGAGUUGCACUCUGUACCUCGACUAGCCGUCAAAAACUGAGUGUUUCUGAACCCUUUAAAGAUCAUCUCAAGACAACUGAAGUUAUUAACAGUGCUAAGUUAUUAAAAAUAUAAAAACUGAAACACACAGAAAUUUUAAAACACUUAGAAACUAAUCUUAAAACCUCUACAUAAAUGAAAACAAUUAAUCAAAAGUGUAAAUUACAUAGAACAUGCCUUUGUCCCUUCUAUGUGAAUGGAGACACUGUUUCUGAGCCAAGUUCUGGCAGAUUCCUCAGAAGAAAGGCUGGAUAAUUGCCAUUGCAUCAUGCUUCAUUGGGAAAGCUUGUAAAGUACCACAAACAGCAGACGGUGGCUUUGGGACCUCAAUCCCGGAGAUGCGGUGAGGUACCACUCUUCUAAUUUCCCUUCCUAAAGACUUGCUGGCCUGGAUAAUAAGCAUCAGCAGUUUGUUCUGUUACUAGAGUUCAUCAUAGUUAAGUAUUUGUAAAUAAACCUAUUGUCAUCCAGUUAAUUUAUAGAGGGAAAGCAAGUCCAAGAUCCACCUUCAGCAAGCCUGAAGUGUGGGCCACAGUCUUGAAUAUAAUAACCUUAGCUUAGACUAUCCUUAUCCCACUGAAGAUACAGUUAAUGGCUAGAGAUACAUUCCAUAAAUAACAGAGGCAGCUGGGUAUCAUUCAGAAACAGAAGGUCCUGGGAUAGUUUCUUUUCUAUUUCAAGCCCUCUGCCCUCACCAGUCCCGAGUCGUGAAGCUGACUGUGAUCACACAGAUUCAGCAUGGCUGAAUCACCAGGAAUGGGUACCAAUCAAGAAAUAUAAUAUUCUACCUAAUUCUGUGUCCCAGGACAUCAAGGUAAACUCUUGCAACAGUAUUUAAAUAUACCGUUGUUUAAACAAAAAUAUCAGCAGUGGGCUGAAGUAAAUUCAUUUGAAUGUGCAUCAUGGCUGGAAGAUCUUAAGUAAUUAUGAAAGGGUUCUGCCAGUGAAGGCCCAUUUCCUGAAUGUAGCUUUCAAUGUAUUUUGUAAUGCCACUAAAAUGAUGAAUUACUUGUGGAAGAAUAACUGACUUGCCUCUAACUUAAGAAAACCUAGUGAAGUUUAACUAAUGUCCACUUGGUAUUUGUGAAGAAACCCAGUAAUUUAAUAAUAACAGAAAUAAAUCCUUUACUAAUCCUAAGUGGGAAAUUGUAGAGAGAAGGCAUGUCCAAGAUCCAUCUUGGGCCACAGUCUUGAAUACAAUAACCUUAGCUUUGUUGUGCUUGCUGAACUUGCUUUUCAGAAAAAAAGUCUUUGAAAAUCAUAACCCUAAAAAAAGGUGGCAGGAUUGUCUAUAUUCAAUGUACAGAAACACUGAAAGAGUUUGUCCUUUGCUCUCCCUGUAACUAGAAGCAGUAUGUGUAUAUUGAUGGGCCCCAUGCUGAAUGAAAAGCCCAUUGAGCACAAUCCCCUAUUUUGAGAAUCUUCCUUGCCUUUUAUAUUUAUUGUGUUUAUUUAAGGCUGGGUUCUUCUAAAGAACUUUCAUGUGCCUGCUUUCAGGAUGUAAAUGUUCUUGAUUACUUGUUUCUGUUAACUGUCCGGUGUCAAUCUGGGACUGCACUUUUACAAUUUCAGAACAGCCACCAGUUUGACUUUUGUGUAAUGUUAUAAUGAGCCUAUUGUGUAAUUUUGGUAAAUAAACGCACAGUUGGAACAGUUUCCUCAUGAAUAUAUUAUGCUGACUUGAAGCCAUGUAUCUGUCACAUUUGUCAGUGUUUGCGUGACACUUAGAAUUGGGUUAAUUAACUGAAGGAUCAAGGAAGAUCAGCUUUAUUCACCAUAGACAUGGACUGGGAAUUUGCUGUUCUGCGUUAGUGUAACACACAACAAAAACAGCAAUAUUCAACAACCAUACAGAAUAAAGAAUAAUAUAAAAAUGAGGUUAGAAAUACAGAUAUGGAAUAAAAUGUAUAUCAAUACCAGCAUAUAUUUACAAUGGAAACAGCAUUAUAAAAAAUUGUUUCAAGUGUUUACAGUGCAGUGACUGAGGUAAUAGAUGGGGGGGGUCUAACUGUAACCUAUUUUUAAUUUCAUGUGAACAACACCAAUGAAAUCUAAAUCAAUUUAAUUAAACAACUCAUUAUUGCAACCAGGGUUUGUAGAGUGCUUUUUUUAUUUGCUGUUUAGAGCCGCCGCUACAGCCACAAAACACCGUCACUUUGAAAUUUCCUUCCGUACAAAAUACUCAACCCUCUCCUUGAAAUUCCCUUACAUGUUACUUCAAGAAAACUGUUACCCUUUCACAUUAAUUGAGUGCCUCUUAAAAUUGUGUGCGAAUAUCAGUUGUGUAAAAGGAUCUAGCUACUAAAGCUCAAAAGUAAUUUCUAGGCUGUUGACCUUUUGGUGGGUGGGAGGGGGCAAUCAGUUCAAUGUGAUGAAGGCCACAUUGAAUCAUGAACAUGCA